AUGGAAGUCGCAACCAUGUGGCAAAUGGCUUUUGCCUCAAAUCAAGAUGUGACGCUGCGCCGCCGAGCAAGGCGGCAACGGAGGCGCCUUGUGUACUUUUUCUUGAGAAUGCGUGCCGAAAGUGGAGAGGUAAACCUGUUAUUUUAUCUGGCAUUCAUCAGCCACACGAUAGUUGUGCCAUUGUCACUCCCUGUGUAUCACAUGAAUUCCCCCUUUAAUUCACAACAGUGCAUGUCAUGGAAAUCUUCACAGGUGUCAAAAAAUAUUAUUUCGUUUACUAACAUCAGCUGAAAAGCCAACAUUGGCUGUUAGUACAUGAGACAUUAACCUGCACAAUUCACAAUCAUUGCAAGCGACAUCCAUGCCAUGACCGUUCUUUCUCCUGCUUUGUUCCUAACGCAUGCAGACCGGACCCCUGAACUGCAGGCUACAUACGGGGGUUCCGGUCCUCCAACGGUUUUUCGCCGGCGACGACACCAGGGAGGACUUCAGGCUGAGCAGAGAGUCCCUGGCAGUGCUGCUGGACCUCCUCCAUCAGGACCGGAGGCAUGGAUGGGGCGCCACAAUAGAGACUUUGGUUCUCCUCUUUUAGCUGGCCAGUGGGACAUCAUACCGGGUGGUCUCAAGGGUGUUUGGGAUGCCCCGCUCCACUGUCCACCGCAUCAUCCACCGAGUUACGGAGGAGGUAGUGGCCAUUAGCCACAGAGUCAUCUACCUCCCGAGGUCCGCUGACGACCUGGCGGCCGUAACUCGGGGGUUUGCAGGGCUGGCUAGGCACCGCGCUUUUCUCAAAGCUGCCGGUGCAAUCGACGGCUGCCAUGUCAGAACUAAGCCACCAAGCGGUCCUGAUGGUCACUGCUACAUCAACAGAAAACUGUUUGCAUCAAUCAUCAUGCAAGCAGUCUGUGACCAUCAGGGCCGCUUUAUUGACACCUACGUGGGCUGGCCGGGGUCUGUGCAUGACGCAAGGGUACUCCGGCACAGCCCACUGUACAGGCAGAACAUCUACCCUCCUCCAGGGCAUUUCAUUCUGGCAGACAGCGGGUACCCGUGCCUCCAGCACCCACUCCCCCUCAUCACUCCCUACAGGCUGCAGGUGCGAGGUGUGGCGGCCCAGCGCUUUAACGGGCAUCAUGCCAGGGCACGCUCUAUAAUUGAGCGUGCCUUUGGCAUGAUGAAGACCCGAUUUCAUGCCAUCUUUUUAAAAGCACUGGAGAUCCGCCACACCUUCGUGCCACAGGUACGUCAUCCCUGCACACAAUAUUUUUGUUAUACUUGAUUAUAUAUUAAUUAAUUAAUUAAAUAAAUAAAAACACGAAAACUUAUUAUAUAUUAUUAUACUUAUAUUGUUAUAUUUUUUUAUUUAUUAAAGGUCUAUAUACUUUAUGUUCAUAUAAAUAUUCCUCUAAAAUUCAGGUCAUCACCGCUUGUGCCGUCCUGCACAAUAUCUGCCUGGGUGCCGGUGACACCAUGGCACCAGAGGAAGAUGUGCAGGACGGCAUGCCAGGGGAUGAGGUGGAGGACAGGCUGGAGGCAGUCAGUGGUGCCCGCUGGCGGGACAGAUUGUCCGCAGAGGUGUCGGCCCUGGAGGAGGUAGACCACGAUCACGUCUACCUGUAA